UGUUUGUAAAACCUAUAAAAUGAACUAUUGUCUAAUUUACUUUAAAAGUGUUUAUUAUUUUUAUAAUCUAAUUCAUUCUAUUAAACUCGCCAAUCAAUAUUUAUUUUAAUUAAGUUUUUCAAGAUGGCAUCAUAUAUGCCAUGUUUUUGUCCUAGUUUAACAUGCUUUACAUGUUACGUACGAGCAAUUUUUAGAGCAAUCGUUUUAAUAUCCAAUCCUGAUGAGCAAUCAAUUACAGAUCAUAUUAUGAAUAAUCACAUGAGUGCAGAACAACCAAUUAUAAAAACCGUUUUAAAUUUUUUAUUAUCAAAUCACAUGCUUGAAUCCAAAUUAGUAUACACAAUUAUUGGAAAUGAUGUAAAUACAUAUACAGCCAACAAUUCAAACGAAACUAGUGUGUUGCUGGAAGAACAAAGUACUGAUCGCGAUGACAUAGCAGCGACAUCGGCAUCAACAUGCUCUAAUAAUAUUGACGAUCUCGAUGACAAUUUUCGUCAAACGAAUAAUAAUCGGCACGUCGCUGUCAUCACGCGGCGUUUUGUAUGCGACGUAUGCAAUAGACCGUGUCUAUCUGCAGCCGGACUUAUGAAUUCGUUCCAGUACAUAAUCGUUGUGGUUUUCAUUUGGCUGCAGCUGUUAGCUUGUUUCGCCGUCCGACAUCCGGCAAAAUCGAAUGAACCCAAAGUGGCAGCGCAACGCCGUAGUGGAAGCGGCUAUGUUGAUUUUGGAGCACAUACCGGUCCAUUAGGCUCAUACGGAUGGUACGCCGACUUCCCUGCCAAUAGAAAUUAAUACAUCUAGGCACGGGUUUUGCUCAUAAACCGCUUAUUAUUAUUAUUAUAACGAUAUAAUUAUUAAUUAUAAAAUAAUAUAACAUAAGAAUUCGUUGUAGUAACUAAUAACAUAAUAUAUUAUUAUAUGUUUACGAUUCGGGAUUAUGAAAAUAAAUAAAUAUUUUAACGAAGUACA